AUGGUAGAUCUCGAAAGGCGACUGGUUCGCAAGCUCGAUUGCUUUAUACUGGUGUAUUGCUGCGCUGCAUACUUUUUCAACUACCUUGAUCGCAGCGCUUUCGCCAAUGCCUACGUGUCUGGAUUGAAGGAGUCUCUCGGACUCGAGGGCGACCAAUACAGCAUUCUGCUUGCCAUGUUUACUGCGGGCAGCUGUGUUGGUCAAAUACCGCAUGCCCUCAUCCUUCAGAAAGUCGCGCCCCGGUUCUGGCUGCCCUUCACAUUGCUAGUGUGGUCCGGCCUAACAAUGUGCUCUGCGGCAUGCAAGACCUACGCCCAGCUAUGCGUAGUUCGGUUCUUCCAGGGCUUCUUCGAAUCAAGUCUCUAUAGCGGCACCAUCUAUAUCCUUGGUAGCUGGUAUAAGCCUUUGGAAAUUGCCAAACGUACAGCCAUCUUUACGGCUAUUGGGCAGAUUGGCAGCAUGUUCGCUGGUGUGAUGAUGACCGCGAUGAACGAGAGUCUGCAUGGUCAGACUUCGCUUCAAGGAUGGCAAUGGGUGUUUAUUAUCAACGGUGCAAUGGGAAUCCCCUUCGGCAUCUUCGGACUCAUGUUCUUCCCCAACUUGCCGGAGUCUACAGAUGCCCCCUAUCUCAGCAAAGAGGAAAUUCAGCUAGCAAUAGGUCGCCUGCCACCGAAGAAAGAUUGGAGCCAUGACAUCAGUCUCAAAUCCCUUGUUAAGAGACUGUUAGCCAAACCGGAUAUUUACAUCUUUACUCUCUACUCAGUAGUAGCCUGCGCAUUGGAAGCCAUCGUUCUGCAAGGUCUAUUCUUGCUCUGGAUGAAAGCAAACAGCGAGAAAUUCUCCUCGUAUGCGACUACGACCUACCCGUUAGGCAUACAGGCCGUGUCUAUUGUCUCCAACGUUGGGGCCGGCUACGUUAUCGACAUGACUAAUCGCCGCAUACCGAUGGUUAUACUAGCUGGCGCUCUGCAGCUUCUAGUCUCAAUCCUGUUGUUGAUACCCAAUCUUCCGACCGCUGGAACUUUCUUCGCAUUCUACUUGGCCGGUACCUCGUACAUCGUCAACCCCAUUCUCUACGGAUGGGCUAGCGUGAUCUCUCAACGCAGUGGUGAUGACGCUUCUCGAUCGGUCACGCUGUACAUCAUGAGUAUGGUGCAGUCGAUAUUGUACACUUUCUGGGGUAUUGCACUCUAUCCAGCAAGCGAUGCGCCGUACUGGAAGAAAGGGUAUAUCGCGAUGAUCGUGGUCGUCUUUGCGUUCUUUGGCGUGACUGCGGCUGUUCAUUGGUUGGAUCAAAGAUCUCAGAAGAUUGAGAGUAACGCGUCCGAGGAGAUCACACAGAUGAGUGAAAGAAUGAGCGAGAGGAAUAGAAAGGAUCCAAGACUGGAAGAUUGA